AUGAAAGAGGUCGUCGAAGGCAAUCGCCCAUUUGAAACAGAAGCAUCAACAACAAGAGAAAGAUGUCAAAUGUCUUGGCGUGAUCAGUCGCCUCGAGAAUUCGAUCCACAUGGAGGCCGAAACGCUUUUCGCACCGACGACACUUUGCAAACUACUUCAGAGCGCGUCGCCUCAUUUCGUGCGAUGCGUUCGUUCACUGAGUCGAUCGAAUGCGAUCUACCGCCUGCUCCCGAAUUGCCUGCACAACUUGACAUCGACCGUAUCUCAAUGAGAACCAGCGAUACCAAUGAGACUAUCGUUGAGGUGGUCAAACCAACUCCCACCGUCGAUCCAUCGUUAGGAGAAACACAGAAAUACAAGAUGUCUGUUCCUGGGCCAGGUCAUUCUGAGCAAGAACAUGAAUUACAUAAAAGCCUUCUUCGCGAUGACGAUGACUUGGAUUCAGAAGUAGAGGGUACAUUGGCUGCAGUUCAACUCAACCGUCCCAAUCCACCAUCUGCCUUCGCAAGACACGUACAGGAUCCCGAGCAUGCUGCUUUACGUAGGGAGUACAGCAACGCGACCGCUCAACGUCCACGUCCAACCACGCCCACUCAAUCAUGCACAUUGGAGAGAUUCGCCUUCAACGCACCCUCCGAUGAAGUGGUCCAAGUGAAAGAAGAGGAGAAGAUCAAAGUAUCUAUUCCACCGAAGGAGAGAGCAGCAUCACGAAGAAGGAAAUCUGAUAUGCCGUACUCCGAUUUCUAUGAAAGCAUUUCCUCCCAGAUUCCUCCGCAGGCGAGAGGAACAGUAUCGGGGAGAACUACACCACUGAACGAUUACGAGGGAGACAUACUGGAGGAGAAUCCGCAAUACAAGAAUAAGGCUCCGCCCCCUCCUGUGGUUCACCGACGAACCAGUAUCGACUGGGAGAAUUUCGAGGAAGCUAAGGGGCCAGUAUCGUUGCCAGUAGACUCUCUUCUUGGUUUUUUCCAUUUCUGCUUUGGUCAAUGUCAAGAACAAGAACAUCAAUUCUCAAUUAAGGAGAGAAGAUACACUGUGGCAUUCUCGUAG